GUCAUGUCGUCAGGAUUCGUUAGCAGCAAUGAGAUAUCAAACAAAGACGAGAAAGACAAAGAAUGGAAAGAAGCCUACGAGAGGCUAAAUAAAGAGCCAGAAGAGAAGAAAGAACUCGAGGAGAAGGAUAACAGACCGUUAGCUGAACAGUUAUAUGAGAGAAGACAGCAAAAGGAGGCUGAAUUCGAGGAGAAAAUAAAGUUGUCUAAUCAGUUUAGAGGGUUAGAACCGGGUGAAGCUAGUUAUCUAAACGAUAUCCAGGAGAGCAAGAACGCGGAAUUGAAACGGAAGAGAGAAGAGGAGGAGGAAGAACUCAAACAAUACCACGAAGCUAGAACAUCUACUCAAACAGAUAAACCAUCGACAUCUGUAUCAAGUAAACCACCACCACCCAAGACUAACAAGAAACCAACGAAGAAAGUAAAAGGCAACAGUGAUGAGGGCAUAAACAAAGGCCCAAUUGUAAUAUCAGAUAGUUCAGAUGAAGAAGAUGACGCUAUACUUUCGACAUACAAAACAACAGCUACAUCUAGCACUAAUAGGAAGAAAACUAGGCCAGAUAACACGACCAAAAAGCCGAUUGAGAAGGGAGAACCACUCAAAUUCAAUAAGCAGGGUAAAUCUAACAUACUUGAGCGUCUCUUGAAAGAAAAGAGCAAAAAUGAUAAGCUGAGAGCAGGUCCAGCCGGUCAGGAAGAUGCUUACAGGCGUUUUAUUGAGAAGGAGAAACAACUCAAUGAUCUCACCAUCGAGAGUAAUCCGGAUGAAGUUGACCAGGCAGAUCAAGAAAGUAGCUCGGAUGAUGAUGAAUUCCUAACUUAUGAGACAGCCAGGCCAGUUGAAAUGUCAGGAAUAAAUACCACUACAAACCCCCUAGAGGGUGUUUUAGAAUCUGACAAAAAGAACAUCGAAAUUGAGAAACAAAGAAGACAGAACAAGGUUAACUACCAAUUUUUUGAUAUUUCCAAAUACCAAGUAUUAGAUGUCGAUAAGCUCUUAGCCUUCGCACUCGAUACCGUGGUAGCAACUGAAGGCCUUGAUGAAAUGCAGAAAGACUGCCUACUUCAAUAUAAGAAAAUAAGGGAUAAAGGUGACCUCGGUGCUGAAGAGAUGUAUCUCAUACACGUUAUACCCGUCGUCCUAAGCAGAUGUGAACCAUACAUUGGUUUCAUACAUAUAAUAUUCCAGUUAAUGAUUCUUCAUGAGCAUAUUCCCAUUAAAGAUCAAUGUUUAACAAUCCUCAAGGAUAGUCUACAUCGGUAUGAUAGAGAGAGCGUUCCUUUCACAUUGCUGGAUUUACUUGGGCCGUUCCGCUUCAUGGGUGCUUCUGCAACUACGGAGCAGUUACUCUUUGAUGAAUCUGAUAAGAAUCCUACAACGACAAUCACUAGAGAAAACAAAAGUGAACUAGUCAGUCAGAAGCAUAUGGCUGAAUUGAAGCUAUUCAAUAUCCAUGAGACAGGGAGAUUAAUGACAGCAAUGGCUUUACUCUCAAUGGAUAGGUCUGUGAGCAGUAUACAUAGUCUUGUUGAUAAAUGUGCAUCAAGCGCACUCUUAUCAUUGGACAGCGAAUCUGACGCUGGUGGAGAUUUAUCGAUUCUGAGUAGAGUAAUUACUGCAUUGUUUAACCAAUCGAGCGAAUUUCAAUUACAGAUGUUGUUGUCUUUCCCUGCGGGCAGUCUACGCGCUUUGCGUAUGAGAAGAUGGCUCGCUUGGGCAGUCAUCCUCGAAGGCCGCAAUGAACCUAUAGACAUCGAGCGUUACGAGUUACCACCAAAUAUUGCCCCAUUAAUUAAUGAACUUCAAGCUGGCGGUAACGAUGAUAAUAGAUCACAUUUCGAAAUCGACGAUGACACUGAUUAUGGUGAUGUACAAAAUUACAUUGAGAUUCUCAGUAUUGUUUUGACAGAUGUUGAGACAUACAUACAUCAAGAAAAAGAUCUCAUUAUCGCUCAAAGGGAUGAAAAACGUGACGAUGCUAUUGCAAUCAUCAUAGACGCACUACGCAAACUCUCGGGCAAAAUAAUUGACACUCGUAGUGCAGAUUUAGAUAAAUCUAAAGCAAAGGAUACUAUUCAACGUCUCGAAAUGCGUUUACAUUGGCAAAGAUUAACAUUCAUUGAGAAUAUGCGAAGUCGAACGAUGAAAAAGAAAGUAAAAAAUUGAAAUAAAUAUUAAUGACUUAAGUACAGGAUUAUAGUUUGAUAUUAAUUGCCG